GCUUUCUCUAUUCAUAAAAAAAAUCCAGGAAAUCAAUCUAUUCCUCCCAAUUUACUCCAAAAAUUUUAAUUCUCUCCACCGAUUGAACUACCCGGAAUGGCCCCUCUCGAGCACGGAAACACAGCACACCUCCUUCCAAACACUUACAAACAAAUAAUCGCCUCCUGGCUAACAGAAGACACUCCAACCUUCGACUACGGCGGCUUUGUGGUCGGUGAAGAUCCCAAGACCGCAACUCUCUACGCUAAAUCUCCGGGGGUGCUCGCGGGGGUUCCAUUCUUUGAUGAAGUCUUUACCCAGUUAGGGUGCAGCGUAGAAUGGCACGCCCAAGAAGGCACCUUCCUCCCCGCUGCCAAACCGAUCGCGAUAGCCACCGUAAAGGGUCCCUCUCGAAACCUACUCCUUGGCGAGCGCGUGGCACUAAAUACGCUGGCACGGUGCUCCGGAAUUGCUACUAAAUCCCGUCGGUUACUAGAGCUCGUGCGGAAAGCUGGGUACUCGGGAAUUUUGGCGGGUACAAGAAAGACGACCCCAGGGUUCCGGCUUGUGGAGAAAUAUGGAAUGUUGGUCGGGGGUGUAGAUCAACAUAGAUACGACCUUAGCAGCAUGAUCAUGCUGAAGGAUAACCACAUUUGGUCAAAGGGGUCGAUCACAAAAGCCGUCCUUGCGGCGAAAUCCGUAGGGGGCUUUGUAGUUAAGGUAGAGGUAGAAGUGCAAAGUGAGGAGGAGGCAGAUGAGGCAAUUGCUGCGGGCGCGGACAUUGUCAUGUUGGAUAAUUUCACAGGAGACGGAUUGAAGGCCUCUGCGGCGAACUUGAAAAAGAGGUGGGCGGAGAAAGGACGCCAAGAUAAUGUUGAGGGGUAUUUGUGCAAUGAUAUCGAUAUUAUUUCCACCAGCUCGAUCCAUCAGAGCACCCAGCACGUGGAUUUUUCACUCAAGAUCGACCACUAAUACACGUUGUAUCGAGACCUAUACUUUUUACAAGUAGAAUAUAAAUAAAGCAUUAGAGGGGAGAAGAAAUUAGAAAUUCAGCA